AUGGAAGUGCGAUUUAUUUAUCAAUAAUUUACUUAGAUCAGCAAGCUGAAAGGAUCAUGGGCAAACUGACAUGUGAGUGUCUCAACAUCAACAUCCACACCAAGGGAGAAGACCUCCAACCCCUGGACCGCACCCUCCUGGGUCUAUCCAUCGACCAGCUUAGGGAGCCCUUCUUUGAACGGGACAUCGCCGAGGUGCAGCUGGAUCUGGGUGGAGUCACAGAGGAGCAGAAGUACCUGGUGCACAAGUCUACAGUUGGAGAUUGGUGUAUCAGGACCUGUGUUAACUGCAAGACACCAUCAUAUGCUACCCAUGCUACUAAGGGUUUGGAGAGGGUGUUAGUUAACACCAGACUUGUGAGCGAUGAAAGGAGACAGGAGAGUAUCCAGUCAUUGGAUACGUUCUCAUCCCUGUACAAGGUGGUCUUGGGCGACAGCGGAGAAAAAUCUAACAGCUCAUCAUUAGUACAUCCGAUGACAGGGAACCAGGAGGUCAUAAGAAAGACCGUAGCACAGCUGCAAGAUCAUCUCAACAAAUACAUCAGCAGAGAAAAACUAGCCAUGGAAGAGAGAAUAAGGAGAUACAGCGAGGAGCAGAAAGCAGCAUUCAGCAAUCUGCAGAAGAGAGCAUACCAGGAUAAGAAUGUCAUGGUUGGUGUCAUCUUGAAUGCUGAAGAGAGGAGCCUGGAAGAUUCAUUAUCAGAUGCUAUGUUGGAUAAUACGCUAACCCCACCCACCACGCCAAUUACAAGGCCUGGGGCUGUGCAAACCAGAUUUGCAGCAUCAGAUAAACUUGCCUCAUCCGUACCAGCAUCGAGAGCCCCUAUCAGAAACUUUGGUCCGUCCAUGCCUAUUAAGAGCAGACCUAUCCCCCAGCAAGCUCGUAGAGUGCAGCACAGCAGUGUUGCUAGAUCCGUUCCCGCCCAUUCUGCACACCGAGAUAUCACCAGAACCAGCUCAGAUGCAGAUACCAUGUUUGAUCUGGAGGGGUUCACCCAAGAUGAAGAACCAUUCUUUGAAUCAGAUGAAAGCAGUACAGAUGAUAACUCGCUGAAUGAUGAGAACCUUGCCCCGCCCAUGACGAGAGACAGAGUGCUUCACGAGUACGCAACCUCCGUCCCUAUCUCCAUGCCGAUGUGGAAGAAGGAGAAGCACUCAUUUGAAGAGGUAGCAGAGGAGAAGGUGCCGAUGCCGGAGCCUGAUCGGAUGGUUGCCAGCAUGAGGGCGCUGUCCUUUAGCGUUAACGACGGGACGGAGAUGUUCGGUGACCUCCCGAGGCCGAGAUUAAACACCGUCGGGGAGGUGCCGAUCAAGAAAGGAUCGCGAAAAUUGUAGUUUAGUUGUAUAGAUUAUAGCAUGUAGAUUAUAUUGCGUAGAUUAUCAUCUGUUUUGAACGGGAAGGACGUUACCUCAUUAACUUUAAUCCAUUAGCAACUAGAGAUUUUGUAAAAAUGGCCCAUUACUCACUGGAAGAUGUUGCAAUAUUACUCUCAUUUUGAGAGCAGUUUGAUAUUGUUCUGAACAAUAUGAAACAUGCGCUAUUUUUCUAUGCAGAAUCCUACUGUAGACAUCGUAAGGAUCACGCACGUUUAUCAUUGUCAUGGUAGACCCCAUGAUCAGAUACUACAGCACGUUGAAAACAGAUGUAAACGGACGGGCGGUUCAGUUGCUAAAGUAUUAACAGAGACUUAACGUCCUUCUGGCUCCAAACAGACGUUAUAGUAUUGUCAGUUUAGAGCUGAAAGGGAAUUGAUUCUACAUUCACUGUAGAGCAAAACCCUAUACUGCCGCAUUGUUCAGAGUAUAUAAAAACAUAUAUACUCGUUAUACAUACAGUGUACUUGUGACAAAAGUUGAGCAUGGCAGACCACCACGCACAAAUGUCCUUUUAGGAAUUAGCUGUAGAGGAAAAAAAAAAAUGCCAAAAUCGCUGAACACAUGUUUGCUGAUAGAGCCUUCCAUGCGGAAAGAUACAUCGUUAUGGUCUAGAUUUCUAGCUGUAAAAAUCCAUCUUACAAUUGCAUACGUUAUAAGCUUGCACAAAAAAAAAACAUGCCAAAAUAUACUAUGUAGAAAAUAAUACGGGGAGACAUUACA